AUGGCUAGAACCAAGCAAACAGCUAGAAAGUCUACUGGUGGUAAGGCUCCCAGAAAGCAAUUGGCCUCCAAGGCUGCCAGAAAGUCUGCACCAUCCACUGGUGGUGUCAAGAAGCCUCACAGAUAUAAGCCAGGUACCGUUGCCUUGAGAGAAAUUAGAAGAUUCCAAAAGUCUACUGAAUUAUUGAUCAGAAAGUUGCCAUUCCAAAGAUUGGUUAGAGAAAUUGCUCAAGAUUUCAAGACUGACUUGAGAUUCCAAUCUUCUGCUAUUGGUGCUUUGCAAGAAUCUGUUGAAGCCUACUUGGUCUCCUUAUUUGAAGACACAAACUUGUGUGCUAUCCACGCCAAGAGAGUUACCAUCCAAAAGAAGGAUAUCCAAUUGGCUAGAAGAUUGAGAGGUGAAAGAUCUUAG